CCACCUCGAGCAUGCGAGUGGAGAAUGUAAAACCUCGACCACCUCCAUUAUCCAAACAAGCCCCACUGCGCUCUAGUCGACGCGUAAUGGGGGGAUCGCAUGAUGCAAAAAGCAGCGUAGCGGCUGUUCCAGCAGACGAAUUGACGAGGAUCAAAGCGUUGUUCAGCGAAAUUGUGAGGCUUGGUAUUGCCCGCUCCCAAGACACGGCGCAGUUGUGUAGCAACAAUGGACGACCGUCACUUUCAACCCACAGUACGACACGCCUUGGGAUGGAAUGUCAGUAUCGAGAAGAAUGGCGAGUCUCUCGCGAAGACAACAUUUUCAAACAGCUCGACCACUUUCUCUCACAAAGCAGCAUCCAACUCCAAGACCACAAUGACUUGCACGACCACUUGCGGCUAGCCAUGGAGACUAUCGCAUCGACUAUCGGGUCCAAUGAACUGAAACCACAACGAUCAACGUCAAAGCAGCAGCAGCAGCUUUUGCGAGCCAUGCAUUUGGACCAAGCUUUGCGGCGAAUGGAAGGCCGUGAUAAAACGUCGCCGUUGCUCAUUUGUCAAGACAUGGUUCGCGGCACCCGUGCGCAAUUCCAACAAGUUUUGGCUGGGGACACAUCGUCGACCUUGACAUCCCUUCCUCCCUCGAGCCAUAUAACGACACCCGACAACCAAGUGCUGGACCGAUCGUCGUCGGAAGUGCAACUGCGAAAACUGUAUGAGAACGUCGCCGCAAUCAAAUCAGUGGAAUUGGUCAACGCCCCAACAUCGACGGGGUUCACACGAUUGCUGGAAGCGCAACGAUGGGCCGAAGUCUCCAAAUCGAAUGAGGAACGAGCCCAUGCGCAUAGAAAGCAUGUGCUGGUGCGGCGAAUUCAGCGGACCUUCCGCUUUUACCGAGCGGUUGCGAAAGAGGGGGAACGAGUGGCGUUGGCUCGCUCGCAGUUGGAAUUCCAUGCGGCCAGUCGCCUUCAACGGCAAUAUCGGCGAUGGAAGCAGUGGAUGACGUUUAAGUCGAACCGAUUAGUCACCUUUCGGCGUAACUUCAGCGCGAUUCGAAUAGCAGCGUGGGUAGUGUUUCGGUUUCGCUUCCAGAAGUGCUGCCGACGCUUUCACGCCGAUAGUUGGCUCCCACCUGCAGUAUCCCUAUUGCUGGAGGAGUCGGCUACUUGUGAGCCACCGGAUGAGUGGAAAGUUCUGACCUCUGCUGUCAUCAAGUACACACUAGAAUGCUAUUUAGCUUUCGACUUGUCUUUAAUGGUCGUACAAAUGGCGGCGGCAGGAUUCAAUCGACCGUUCGACGACAUCUAGUUAGGCGUCGGGUUCGACAGACCUGGCACUUUCACCUACUUCGUCGACGGCGCCAAGACCGACUGGAAUGGCGCGACGCGAGAAACCUACACCAGAGCACGGCAAUACUCGUGGACGAGUUAGUUGAGUGGCAUCGAAUGCUCUCGUUAGAGCAAGAACGAACUCAAGCUGCGAUUGUAGCAGAGCACAAAGUGUUUAUCGUUGAGUGGGAGGUCCGCACGAGAGCACCAAAAGAAACGACAGUUUAGAAUUGACAUUUGCUCUAGAAAUACAGCGCCGACUUGACCAAGCAGUGCCUCAAAGCCAAACUCACGGACGAAUGGGUCCCCCAACUCGACAGCCACAGUGGCAACACGUACUACUUGAAUCUGAAAUCCACCGCUAUUCACCACGAUCAUCCAAAUCGACAACUCGCGGCGAAACUAGUGACCAAGCAGCGCCGCCGCGCCGAAGCUCAGUUCCAAGAACGCAUCCGUCGACUGGAGGCGCAUUUAGCCCAAGUCACCAUGGCGAAAAGUUCCCACGACUCCGCCAUCGAGCGCGAGAUGUGUGCAUUGUGGGGAUGCGGCGGAGCACUGUCGUGAAUAAAUAAUGUUAACCUGGCAACGAACCUACAACGACUCUACUAAAUGACUAUUCAGCUGCACCAACACAACCGUAACGUUGUCGCUUGAAAGCCGUUGGAUGGCUUCGUGCGCCAGCUCGUCGGCAGCCACGUGGAUGCUGCCGUGCGCCUGUAAUCGAGACUGUACGAAUGCAACUGCGACGUCGUUCGUCAUGACCUCCCACACGCCGUCGCACGCGAACAGGACAAACGCGUCGUCUGGCUGGACGUCGACAAUAACCACGUCCGGCGUCGCGUCCAGAACUGUCCCGACGCUUUCCUGGGAGUACACUUGCGCGGCUUGCUGGGCAGCUUUGACUUCCCGUCCUUUGAAUUCCAAGUCCCCAAACGUCCGCGUGAUGGCCAACACACCGUUCACGCGGUUGUUGAAGAUCGACCCCCCCGACCCCACCACUUUGUCGUGCUCGCUCUGGCUCGAGCACCGAUGGUCACUGGUCAAGGGUAUGCAUUUCCCCUUUCGACACAACAAAGCGCGGCAGUCCCCUACGUGUCCCACAACAAGGCGCAGAGCCCCCGAAGCAGUGCCGUCGAGGAUGCAAAACGUCGCGGUUGAUCCACUGGGACUGUCGGACGCGUACAGUUCGUCGCACACGGUGGCGUCAAAGGCUACACAGAGCUGCUGCAGCGUUACGAUCAAAGAGGCUGCCUCGGGCAGGGGAACGGCCAUGUGUUGGAACAGAUGGACAUGCAGCCGUUCUUGCAGCAACGCAGCGCAACCGUCGCCUCCGUGGCCAUCGUAGAGCCCGACAAACGCCAGGCUGUUUGCUUGUUCUCCAUGGCGAACCAUGGCGUCGACGGCUUGGUCCUCUGCAUGAGCAUGUACGUUGGGGAUGGCCACCCAUCGAUCUUCUUGGGUGCUUCGACGCCCUUGCAUGGACGACACACCCAUGCGAACUCGCAAGCGGGGAUUGCCAGCAUGUUCUGUCACGGAUUGGGGUGUGUUCGAGUACAACGACGACGACAGGUUCGCCUUGAUUGUGGGGAGGACCGUGUGGCGUGUGGGGGCCAGCGUGGUCAAGAGCAGUUCGUCCAAUCGAUUCGAGGACUGGUACAUGGCUUCGGCGUCGUCCAGCACAUCGUCGUUUUCGUCGUCGCCGUCGUCGCUGUCAGUCUCAACAUCGAUGCCGUGCGUGGACACUGCCAAUGCAUCGUCCCCUGAUGGCACGAGCUUGGGGUGGCUGCGCUUUUGGGCAAAUCGCUCCGACCGGUAGUGGGUCUCUUCGUUGGUGAGGACGAACUUCCGUUUGUUGGUCGGUGACGUGAGUCGCCGUCGGCUACUGCCUUGUUCGGCGUGCAGGACUUGGAGGUCAGCAUUGCAUUUGGGAUUCGUGGGAGUGUUCGUCGGGAUUCCGCUGGCAUCUGGUUUGUGCGAACCGUUCGCUGAUGAUGGAGGACAUUUUGGGGUGAUGAUGUCCAAGGGGGCACCUUUGGGGCUCACGGGGAAGGGGAGUUGCGACUGGACCCGAACGGCUGGAAGGGACGAAGUGGGGGAUUCGUGAAUGGCACUGUUGAUUUCAUCCACCGAGACAGUGAUGGGGACCGACGAUGCCAGAGGCUUGGGCGGGGAUGGCUGUCGGCCGGGGGGGAGGCGCUCCUUCGUGAUCCACGGAUGCAUCAUAACUUCGUGUAGAGCUAGUCGUUUCAUUGGGUCCUUGGUCAUGAUUCCGCCCAGAAAGUCGGCUAAGAGCGCGUCGAUGGCCGUGGGAAACACAAGGGGGUCGUUCUGGAUCUUGUCAAACACUUGAAGGGCGCUCUUGGCAAUGAACGGUGGGUUUCCAAAUUUGAGCAUGUAUAGCGUGGCCCCCACUGCCCACACGUCCGCGAGUUGGCCUGAAUCUGCGUACGCCCUCUUAGUCAGGAUGUAUCGUGUGGACACUUACAUUGAACGCCCGAGCAC